AUGGUCAACCCUACCCCUGUGAUUCGCUCCAUCACCGUGGAGUUUCCGGCAAAGGAAAUGGAGCGAAUGCUGCACCUCGUGCUGGAUACGCGCCUGCCCGAUCUCGAGAUUCUGUCCGACCCAGAGGAGCUGGAGCGCGACGAGGAGAAUGGCUUCAGGUGGGAACUGACGAGGGAGAAGCUGGCGCAGAUGAAGCAGUACUGGCUACGAGAGGGGACUAGGCGAAACGGGCCGCCUCCGCAGCUGAAAUCGGACAUGAAGGAUAAUGCGCGUCUCUACGGCAAAGUUAUGACGGAAAUGCUCGGCGAUCAUCGAUAUGUCGUUCACGGUGGCGAUUGGGGAUCCAUGAUUGCAGCCCAUCCCGACGAAGCACCGUCCUUUGCAGAGGAAGCGAUGUCCUCGGACAUUAUCACCACUACAGCGCUACCACACCGGCAGCCUUCACACUUGCGUUUGGGAGUACGCGCAGCUCGGUCCGUCCAAAACGUUCAGCUUGCACAAGAACCCCUCGGACAUUCGAUCUUCUCGAAUGUGGUCGCCAUGACCCCCGUCAGCUGGAAUAGCUAG